CGGCCCGGCCCGCCCGGCCCGGCCCGCCCCGGCCAGCCGCUCCCGCUGGGCGCCCCGACGGGGUCCGGCCGGGGGCGGGGGCCGCGGCCGCCGACGAUGGGGAAAUCCAACAGCAAGUUGAAGCCCGAAGUUGUGGAGGAGCUGACCAGGAAGACCUACUUUACCGAGAAGGAAGUCCAGCAGUGGUACAAGGGCUUCAUCAAGGAUUGCCCCAGCGGGCAGCUGGAUGCUGCAGGCUUCCAGAAAAUCUAUAAGCAGUUCUUCCCAUUUGGAGAUCCUACCAAGUUUGCCACGUUUGUUUUCAACGUCUUUGAUGAAAACAAGGACGGCCGGAUUGAGUUCUCCGAGUUCAUCCAGGCGCUGUCGGUGACCUCGAGGGGAACACUGGACGAGAAGCUUCGGUGGGCCUUCAAGCUCUAUGAUCUGGAUAACGACGGCUACAUCACCAGGAACGAGAUGCUGGACAUUGUGGAUGCCAUUUACCAGAUGGUGGGGAACACCGUGGAGCUCCCUGAGGAAGAGAACACCCCCGAGAAGAGGGUGGACCGGAUCUUUGCCAUGAUGGACAAGAACGCCGAUGGGAAGCUGACCCUGCAGGAGUUUCAGGAAGGAUCAAAGGCUGACCCCUCCAUUGUGCAGGCGCUGUCCCUCUAUGAUGGGCUGGUAUAGUCCAGGACCCAGAGCUGGGAUGCCUGGGAACCACUCACCUCCUCCCGUGCCAUGAGGCCACCGCCGCCCCAACACCACCCUCUGUGUCCACCCAGCCUGUCCGCAUCCAUGGCCAGCUGGGCCGCCCUGGAACCGUGAGGCCCGGCUCUCCUCACCCCUGCCCUGCACCCACCGCCGCCUGAAGCCACCGGCUCCGAUCGCCAACAACCUCUGCUUGUCCAGAAACCGACAUGAAACGGAAAAGGCUAUAGCCCUCUGCAAAACCAAGGACUCGGCUGCUUCGCAGGCAGCCUCUGGGUCCCUCCCGCUCUCCUGCGCGUGUGCUUUUGUUUUUUUAUUUCAAACAGACAUUGAAAAAAGAAAAAAACAAAAACAGAAACCCAACAGCUACCUUCUGUCCUAGGAGGUACAGACUGACAGAUGGGGAGAAGGCCAGCGUAGACCUCAGAGAACACUGCCUCCCGCCUCGGCGUCCUUCGGCAGCCGGAGAGGCCACGGGAGUCGCGGCCUCGGCCACGGCCACGGUGCGCUCGGGGCGUGGCGGGGGCCCGAGUAACGUUAUUCCACGUCCCAUCCUCGAGCGGCGAAACCACCUGCGUGACUAGGAUGAUUAAUGAUGAUGAUGAUGAUUUUUUUUUGUGAUAACAGUAUUGUGCUUUUUGUGGGGAAAGUGAAUUUUUUUUAUACAUAUAUAAUUGAUAUCUUUUAUUUAUUGGUUGUUAACUGUUGCUGCUGCCCCGUGUGUCCAGAGCUCCCAGGGAUGUGGGGCCUCCCGUUUACAUGUGCACGCCCUCGCCCACCUGCGCUUGGGGGGAUGGUGGCCUGCAGCGGCCAAGAAGCCAAAAAACUUUCCUCCUUCUUCUCCUCCUUUUCCCUCUUCUUCUCCUUCUCCUUCUUCUAAUUCUUCUUCUUCUCCUUUCUUUUUUUUUUUUUUUCCAGAUACCGUGCUCGAUGUUUGGAGAGGGGAAGGGUGGGUUUCUUAAAUGGCUAAUGCACUGUUCCCUCCAGCCUGAAUGCCUCCUCUUGAACUCCUUUUCUCUGCUUCCUAUCCACACUCCCCAUCCUGGGUCCUUCUCUGGCUCCACAGCAUUUUUUCUGAGGACAAACAGGGGACAUCUUUGGGUUUCUCAACUCUUGCUUUGGUGUCUGCAGCAGCAUGGAGACUGGGAGGGAGCCAGCAAGAGUGGGGGACGGGCUACCUAGAGAAAGGGAAGCAGGGCACUCUUUGCAAACAAGUGAGCAGAAGGAAGGGCUCCUUCUCCCUCCUUGGUGGGUUUUAAAGAUAGUCGCUCAGUUCUCUCCCACUUGCUCUUCUGUCUGCCUGUCUGCUCUUGACCCACAGAGCAUCCUCCUCCUCCUCUUCCCUCUCAGCUCAGGUGCUGGAAGGGAGGGUAGGAGAGAAGGGCUGCAGGCAGUUCCACCCAGUAGUGGCCCCUCAGGGCUGUGGCCCACAUGUGCUUCUAGGAUGUGUCUAACUCUGCCUGCCACCCAGACAGGAUGGCCCCAGAACUGCCACCAGGAAAGUCAGAUGACCUUGGGCCAGAGGCUUGGGCUGAUUGAUCUGGAAGAUCCUUUUCCGUGCUGACACUGUAUGGUUGUAAGCCUGGGUUUCUUGCAGUUUAUGAUUCUAUGGUCCAUGCCUAAGUUUGCCAGACCCCAAAAGACACGGGAAGGGUCUGAGUCACUAUUUGGUCUCUUGGCACGAGUCUAUGGGGACAUGGCAGCCGCUGGGUGUGAUGUGUGGGGUCAGAUGACCUACCUGGUUCUCUCUGCAAUCCUUCCUGGUCUCCCCUGGACUCUUGAGCUGUGUUUCUGGCCCCAGACAAGUCCUCAUUGGAAGGAAGCCUUCUGAGGUGGGAAGCAACCCCCUAGAGUCUGUAGGGCAGGCCUGAGUCUAGAAUUCCCACUUCUUUGCAAGGUCAGCAGGCUGCCAUCUCCCUGCUUGCCCCAGCCCCAGGAGAGGAGAAGCUGGCCCUUGGUCCUCACUUUGAAUUGUCCUUGGUCUUCACUUUGCACUUUGCCAGGAGGCCAGAGCGUAUGCUAAUUAACCAUCAGCUAACAGACCCUCCACCAGAGCCUGGCUGUGCCAGACGGGGCUUGCAUGUCCAUUCCCGCUGGCUGGUGCACUCAGCAGUCCCAGACUCCCUUGUUGCUCAGCAGAGCCUGUGGCUGCACCCCACCUUCACUGUAAGCCCCCAGAUUCCGUGUUACAGGGAGCACUUCCAUUUUCACAGGUGACCUUGCAGGGUGGGCCCCUCAAGGUUGCUGGGGUCAACUUUCUGCUCAGGCCACUGGCUCGGGAGCCUCAGACUCCCCACCCAAUCCUGGCUCUGGCCUAGGACCUUAGUGUGGGAGGUCAUGUUGGUGGUUUGGGGUUGGGGGGGGGUCCUUCCCCAUGUCACAUGACUUCUCUGGCUUCUGCCUCAGCCUCUGGCCCAGUGGGGAGAUGCUGUCCUGCAGCCCAUGCUAGAGGCAUCGUCUCCAUAAGGGACCUGUAGCUCAGAAUCACUGGGGUUAAGCCUGUGGAUCCCCCUAGCUCAGGCAUCGAUUCCCAGGCAUCAAUGGAGCAUCUGCCUGUGAGGCCUUCCUCCUACCUUCUUGCCCUUUGACCUUUUGGUUUGGAGCCACGGCUGUGGCUUUUGGCCUCAGCAGGCCUUCUGUGGACGCAUGGCUCCAGCGCACCUUGGGUCCAUGCCCCGGGGCGGCCCAGAGCUGCCGGCAGGGUGCUGGACACUGGCCAUUUGUGCCCGAGGUUCCCGGGCAGGGACAGUCUGUCCCCUCCUCUCACCAGGCCUCUAGAUCUGGAAUCUUGAGCAGCUGUGGGUCCCUGCUCCCCUCCCCAGGCCGUCCAGGCUGCUCCCUGGGGAUUCCAGACCCACCGGAGGCCAGGCUCUCCGUCCCUCUCCUGACCUUCGCUCCUCGUUCCCUGGCCCCGGAGCAGCGGCCCCUGCCUCCUGCUCAGGGCGUCGCUCCCCACUCUGUGUUGGUGGCACUGAGGACGAUGCCAGAGUUCCCGAUACUGAACCGGGCAACGUUUCCAGUAACGUCAAGGCAAACGUGUGUGUCCUCCUUUCCCCCGAAACGCUUUUCUGUUUGGCAGCCAACUUCCUAGACGGCAGGCCCACGGGGCUUUCGGGAACCUGCCUUUUCUCCGAGGGGAGGAAGGGGGGCAGCCCCCCACCCCGGGGAGAGGCCGCCUCUCCCUGGAGAAAGCCCCUCUGCGCACCCCGCACCCAGAAUCCGUUCCCGGUGCAGCCUCGCCUCCGUCCGGGGAGCCUGGGGGACGCGGGCGCGCCCCCUCGUGGCGGGGAGCCGCAAAGGCACGUGGGGGUCCCCACAGGCCAAACAGGCGCUUGGAGGGGGGCAGCGGGAGGUGGGGUGCUAGGAGGGGGCUCGGAUCUCGCCCUCGCCCGGGCCUGGGCUCCAGCCCGCCUUCUUGGCAGCGUGUCUCCCAGAUGCCCCUCUUCUAGGUCUCUCCGCCCCCCCCCCCCCCCCCCGGGAUAGCAAGUUAAUUAGCUUAAGGGCACCAUGAUGGGAAGCCUUGCCCUCUACCCAUUUUUUUAAUAUCUGCGGAAUAAACCCAAUGGUUGAUUUUUGAAUGAAUAAAAGGCUUUUGUUGAAUAAACAGUUGGUCCCAUCUUCUGUCUUGGCAUCUAGGCUCAGGCUCUCUCUACCGCCCAGAACCGGGACACACGCAGAAUUCAUACCCCCACCCCCGCCUGCCCCACCGCUCCGCAGCCUCUAUACUUGUUUUCCCUACGUCCUUGCAGGGACCUGGGGCUCCCAGUCUGACUCAGUGACCGGCUCUCUGAGACUCCGGGCCCGUCAGCCCUGCUCAGUUCCUCUGACCCUGGGAUGGGGAGCAGGUGUCUGCUCAGCCCCCCUCACAGGGUAAAAUGAGGAGUGGAGACCCAGCGUGUGCAUAGGGGUCAGAGCACCUUGCAGACGUGGUAGGCCAGUGGGGCAGUCUAAGUUGUCCUGUACCCCCCACCUGGUGCCUGCAACUUCAUACAGGAAUUAGGGCAACUCUUAACCAAAAAAAAAAAAACAAUGUCUCCUGGCUAUGGUUGUUUUCUUUCUGUUUGCCUUUCCAACUCCCUCUGAGCCUCUUUUUGGGGUGCUGUCCUGUCUGAAUGCGCUGGUAUGUGUCUCUGGGGAAGAAGCAGGCCCCUGCCCUGGUGGUGCAGGUGGGGGCAGGGUGAGGCCCCAGGGUGGUCAAGGGCCACUUAGCGUGCCCAGGCCUCCUCUCGUGCUCCUGAUGUAUGUCUGCCAUGUCAUGCCAAUUAAACACGCUUCCUGACUUGUCCUUGGCUCCCUUGUGUGGACCUGUUGCUUUGUCUGUUUCUGUUCUUUUUCAUUUCAUCUUUAGGUUUCUUCCUCCUCCUGUGACACCCUUUCUCUUGCUUUGGGUGUUGUCUGCCCAGUUUCCCCAAGACAAAGACUGUGCAAACCCUGGGGCAUAAAGAUUAAACCAGAACAUAUCAA